AUGUUUGAAAAGACCUGUUUUAAUGAUGUUACAAAAAAUAUUUCUUUUCCAGAAUUAACUUCAGUUGUUGAAAAAGUUAAAUCUGAAUCAAAAAAACUUGUUGAUGAUAAAAAUGUCUUAUUGACUCUUUUAUAUUGUACAGAUUUAACAACAUUAUCUGGUGAUGAUACACCAUCCCGUGUUUAUGCAUUAGUUGAUAAAGCAUUAAAACCAUGUGAAAAAAUUCCAACAGCUCAAUGUGGAGCUGUUUGUGUUUAUCCUCUUAGAGUUAAAGAUGUAAAAAAAAGAUUAGAUGAACUUGAUUGUAAUGGAAAACUUCAUAUUGCAUCUGUCGCUGGAGGAUUUCCAUCUGGUCAAUAUCGAAUUGAAUCAAGAUGCCUUGAAAUACAAUUAGCUGUUGAAGAUGGUGCUGAUGAAAUUGAUACAGUAAUUAACAGGGGUGCUGCAAUUGACCAAAAUUGGAAAUUAGUUUAUGAUGAAUUGGUACUAAUGAAGAGAGCAUGUGGGAAUGCCCAUUUAAAAACUAUCUUGGCUACUGGGGAAUUGAAUAAUUUAGAAAAUAUUUAUAAAGCAUCAUGGGCUGCUAUUUUAGCCGGAAGUAAUUUUAUUAAAACAAGUACUGGAAAAGAAUCAAUAAAUGCAACUCUAGAAGUUUCAUAUGUCAUGCUAAAAGUAAUUUUAGAAUAUUACAAAAAAACAGGAAUAAAAAUAGGUUUUAAACCAGCUGGAGGAAUUAAGACAGUUGAAGAUGCUUGCCAAUAUUAUUUACUUGUCAAAACAAUUCUUGGUGAUUCUUGGCUUAAUGGAGAUUUGUUUAGAAUUGGUGCUAGUAGCCUUGUUGACAAUUUAGUUAAAGCUCUUUAA